CGGAUUCCACAAAAAAACAAGCGGCGAUGAGACCCAAGUGAAAAUGCCACGGCCAAAUUCGUAAUUUUUGUUUCCUUCACGGCUCUUUUCAAAAUAAAUUCAACAAAACCGCUGAAAAUCGUCUCUUCUUCCUCAAACACCAGAGAGGUAGAGAGAGAGACUUCCGAUCGCUAUAGCUCGAUGAAGCGGCGACCAAUUGACGGAUCGGAAGCCGGAGAUCCGCCGGAGGUGGAGGAAAAAAGGCCUAAGCUCGAUGGCGGAGGGCAAGAGGAAGCUGAAGUUAUUCUUUCCGCUCCGGAAGAAGAUCCGACGCCGGAGCUAGGCGAGGAUCUAGUUUUCGAGAUCCUGAAGCGUGCUGAUGCGAGAUCUCUGGCGGCAUCGGCGUGCGUGAGCCGGCGGUGGCGAUCGCUUGCAGAAGACGAGCGUCUCUGGGAAGCAGUCUGUACUCGUCACUGGGCCAAUAUCGGUUGCGGAAACCAGCAGCUCCGGUCAGUAGUGCUCGCGCUGGGCGGAUUCCGGCGACUUCACUCCCUCUACCUUCUCCCGCUCCUUCGACCGACAGUCUCCGGCAGUCGUUUCCGCCCGGCGAUUCCGAUCCCCGUUCUCGCCGCCCCUCGAAACCCUACGGGCCUUCCCGCGAGCUGGGGUAAGGAUGAGGUACAUCUCUCACUCUCGCUUCUGUCGAUCGGAUACUUUGAGCGGAUGAAUCUUAAUUACCCGCGCCCUAGAGGUGGAGGUUCAGGGGGCGCUGCAGGUGGGGGAGGAUAAGAUGCUCAGAUCUGUUUCGCCGCAGGUGCACAGUUCCGAUUCCGACACCUAUUCUCUAUAUUCUAUAAUCGCCGCUCUGUUUCAGUGUUUUUUUUUAAAUUUUUUUUUCUUUUUGUGUGUUCUUGAUCCUUUAAUUCGAUGUAUAAUUAAUUACGAGAAUUGAUCUUUGUUUUAUGUUCUCAACUUCACUAUAA